UAUCAGUCCAAGACGGAAAGUAUGACGAGUUCAGGCAGGCAGCAGGCUUUGCUAAGGAAUACAUAUUUCCAGGAGGCAACCUGCCUUCACUUAACAGAUUAAUAUCAGCCAUGACUGCAUCAUCAAAAUUGUGCGUGGAUCAUGUGGAACAGAUAGGAAAACAUUAUUGUCAGACACUUAGAUGUUGGAGAGCUAACUUCUUGAAAAAUCAGAGCAAAAUCCUUUCUUUGGGCUUCAACCAAGAAUUUAUCCGUAUUUGGGAGUACUACUUUGACUAUUGUGCGGCUGGCUUCAAGACAGAGAUACUUCUGGACUACCAGGUUGUGUUCUCCCGCCCUGGAAAGACUAAUGACACACUUGGAGAUCCUUACAAGACAGCCAUUACAGCUUAUUAAUUUAAGAUAUAUUUUACCUCUAUCCUCUCGGGUGAGAUUAUGCUUCCAAAAGGUUAAAAACUUGUUGCAUGUAAACUAAAUAAGUCAUCAUGGCUUGACACUAGCCAAGUGAAGACUCUUGUGGCUAUAAUAAUGCAGCUUAUACAAUG